CUUUUCCUGACGUACACAUGGUAGAUACAAGCUGGUGGCUUGCAGACUGCGUCUGUCUGGAGAUAGGCAGCGAGCCGAUGGAUAACAACACUCCAGGAGAGUGAUUAUGCAGCAGUUAUUUAAGGAUAGGCUUUUGUGGUAUGGCAACAUAUGAGCUGAUUCUCCAGCGUAUAGGCUUGGACGUGACGCACUGACUGGAAUCUGCUUGUUCACAGGAACAGAAAGUUUUCCUUGUUUAACAACCAGCUGCGGCAUCCUAUCAUCUGCUUAAUCAGGAGAAGCAGUGAAGGAGAGCAAAAAUGGCGGAGGAGAGAAAAGAUGAAGCCAAGGCACCACACUGGACUUCAAGUCAGCUCACAGAAGCUGCUUCACACCCACACUCACCUGAACUUAAGGACCAGGGUGGCACGGGUGCUGGACUGGUCAGAAGCGCCAAUGGAUUUCCCUUUCGCGAGGACGAGGAGUCAGGGCCGGGCGGACGGGAGCAGCAGGGCACAUACUCUCGAACCAAAGAGAACGGCAUCAACGGGGAGCUGUCGACGGGAGACAGAGAGACUGCAGAAGAAGUGUCUGCAAGGAUAGUGCAAGUAGUAACAGCUGAAGCUGUAGCAGUCGUGAAAGGUGAACAGGAAAAAGAAGCCCAGCACAAAGAUCAGCCUGGACCACUACCUUUAGCAGUUGAAGAGUCGGCCAACCUGCCUCCUUCCCCGCCUCCGUCGCCAGCUGCAGAACAGACGGGAACUCUGGAGGAAGAAGAAGAAGCAGUAGAGAGUCCGAUGACCGUGGAAGUGAAACCUGCUGCUCUUCCUGGGAAGCAACUGGGGAAAGAGCUGGGGCUUGUAGAGCCUGCAGACCAGGCAAAGGGCCUCAGUGAGGGUCAGCCGGAAUCUGGUUUGGAGGCCAAAGUGCGUCACGAAGACAAAGUGCCACGUGUGGCAUCCAGCAGGGAGAGUGUAACAGUUGUGGCGGAAACGCCCCCGAAAGACACAUCCCCUUCCUCGGCUGAGGAAGCCACGAAGAUGGAAAACCGUGUCCAGGAGGGCGCACGCCCUUUCACAGCAGAACCAUUAGACACAAAGGAACAUGAAUUUUGGAAAGACAGUAAGACUGGUGAGCAACCUAUACACGAUGCCUUAGUUCCACAGCCAGCAAAAACAGAGGCUAUAGAUAAAAAGGAUUUGCAGAGCAAAGACAAUAUGCCUUCACCUCUAUCAGAACAGAUUUUGGAAACUGAUUUACAAAAGAAAGGGGGAGCCAGUUUUGCAGAACCUGCUGCAAAGCCUCCUGUUUCUCAAGAACAGAAAGAUUUGUCAUCUGAACUGCCUAAAGGGAGCAAAACAGAAGAAAGGACUGCAGAUGUGCCCUCGCCAUCCAGCCAAGUGAUCUCUAUGGAAUUUAAAGAUGGCCUUAAAGAUGUCCAAGAGCUUGCCAUCACUCAUGGUGAAAGUUCUCUCUUGCUAUCUGAACCCAAGGCAGAUGCAGCCAAAAGUGAACUUCCUUCAGAUCCAUCUCCCUCUGUCCUGCAGAGACUUCCACCCAAAGACAGUUCCAAAACAAAACAGGAAUCCAGUGAUCAACUGUUUGCCAAAGAUCUCACUAAAGAUGAACAGAUCCACAGAGACAAGACACCAACUCUGCAAGGAGAAGUCUCAGCAGUAACUGUAGAUGGCCUGAAACCACUGAGUACGCAGAAGAUCCCUGCCUGGGGGGAGGAAAAGGACAUGACCAAGGAUGAGAGUGAUGAGGAGGAAAGGUAUGACUUCUACGAUAAAGGGGAGGCUCGAAUAUUAGACGAUGGUAAAUUUAUCACAAAACCUGAAGAGAAGACACUUUCUCUAGACAAAACAGACUUUCAAAAGGAUAGUGAAGCUAAAAAGUUAGCUGAUACUUUCAAAACAGAAAAAGACAUGGACCAAAUGGGGCUCCCAGCAACAGUAGAGGCAAAAAGGGAGGUGCAGCCAACCACAGUGGUGUCACCAGGCAAGUUAAGGCAAGAAGUGAUCCCUGAGAAAACAGAGCACCCUGAUGCCACUCAAUUAUCCACAACAGUGGAGAAGGCCCCUGAGACACCAGGUUUAACUAGUGACAAGACUUCUACUCUAGAACCUCCUCAAGCAAAAGAUGUUAAAAAAGACACUAAGGAGGAUAAGAUAAGUGUUUUGGAUUCAGUUACUCAUGAAACGACAGUAGAAGAGGACCGAUCAGGAAUGUCAAAGUAUUUUGAAACCUCUGCUCUAAAAGAGGAAGCAACCAAAGGAGAUGUUCUGAAACAAGGCAGUGAUUACUAUGAGCUAAGUGACACUAAAGAGAGUGCUUACGAGCCUUAUCAGGUAGAUCAUGUAAUACCUAAAAACAAAGAGGAAGAGGAGGAAGAAUUACAGACAGAAGUGGAUCAGCAGCAGUGUGUGCCUGGUCAUGAAGUAGGUUACAGUACCCUUGCUCAGAGCUUUCCACCAGACAAGUCUGAGGAACCAAGUUCCCCAACAGAGAGAAUGUUCACUAUUGACCCCAAGGUCUAUGGGGAUAAGAGAGAGCUCCACAGUAAAAAUAAAGAUGACCUAACUCUGAGCAGGAGCUUGGGACUUGGGGGUAGAUCUGCAAUUGAACAGAGAAGUAUGUCUAUUAACCUGCCCAUGUCCUGCCUGGAUUCAAUAGCUCUAGGAUUUAGCUUUGGUCGUGCACAUGAUCUCUCUCCCCUUGCUUCAGAUAUUCUAACUAACACUAGUGGAAGCAUGGAUGAAGGUGACGACUACUUACCAGCAACCACACCAGCACUGGAGAAGGCUCCCUGCUUCCCCAUUGAUAGUAGAGAUGAAGAUGAACACAUUGAAGAGGAAAAAGCAAUGCCUGAAGAAAAUGUCCAGCCUGAGACCUUGGUUGAGUCACCUUUCCCAGCCAAAGACUAUUACAAAAAUGGUGCUGUAAUGGCUCCUGAUCUCCCUGAGAUGUUAGACUUAGCAGGGACAAGAUCGAGAUUAGCCUCCGUGAGUGCAGAUGCUGAGGUGGUGCAAAAGAAGUCAGUUCCUUCUGACACUGUUGUGGAAGACACCGGCACAGCCCUGCCACCUGUGACAGAUGAAAACCACGUAACUCUAAAAGCUGAAAGUCAGCUGGAAGACUUAGGCUACUGUGUUUUUAAUAAGUACACAGUUCCUCUCCCUUCUCCAGUUCAGGAUAGUGAGAAUUUAACAGGUGAAACCUGUCCAUUUUACGAAGGCACCGAUGAAAAACUGAGACGUGGCCUAGCUCCCGAUCUGUCUUUAAUAGAAGUGAAGCUGGCAGCAGCUGAAAAAUCAAAAGAAGAAUUCCUCAGUGAAAAAGAUUUAGGUCAGCAUGCCACUGGUGAAUCUGUUCUGGCGAGGGAGUAUGAACAGGAGAAAAAAGAGAAGCUGGAUACAGUGCUAGAAAAAAGUGAAGAUCAAGUUGAUUCUAAAGAGUUCUAUCCCAUUAAAGGUACAGAGCCAGAGAAGAGAAGACCUGAGGCAAUCUUAGAAGUGAAAGAAGAAGGUGUGAUUGAUAAAGUUCAGGUAACUGAUGAUACUGUGUAUGACAGAAUAUUAGCUACAGAGAUAGCAAAAGAAAAAGAUGCUGUUUCUUUGUUGAUUGAGAAGGAGAAGACUCUUAGUGUUGUUCCAGAAAUGGCUGAGAUAGACACUCCAAUAAAACCAGAUUAUAAUGCUAUAAAGCAUGAUUUGGAAGUGGCUGCAAGGAGAGCAAACCAAGAAUAUCAGAGUCAAUUAGAUACUAAGAUCCAUGAGGUUGUUUCUCUACCUUCAGGACAGGACAAAGCCUCUGUUAAAAGAGCAGAGCCCGAACCUCAAGAAACUCAGCAGAAAGAUCAGACCAUUUUGUCCAAAGAAACAAAGGAUGCAGAUGUACUUCCCAAGACUGAGCCUAGUCAUGUGAAGGACAGCACCAAACUGACUGAAACAGAAAUUAAGGAAAAAGUAACUAAGCCUGAUCUGGUGCAUCAAGAGGCAGUUGAUAAAGAGGAAUCAUAUGAAUCUAGUGGAGAGCAUGAUCAAGCCCAAGAAGGUUUGAAUGGAGAAUCCUUGAAAACAGAGGUUAUCAAAGGAGAGCCUCCAAAACCUCCUGUGUCAGGGGAAGACACUCCUGCAGAGUUACCAGCAAAGGAGCCCUCUGUGGAGCUACCCCUUCCAAAAGCUGAGCCUCUGCAAGAAGAAACUGCUGAUGUUCAGAUGGAGAGCAUACCACAACCUACAGAGGGAGCUGAAAAGAUUCCAGAUGCAGCCGUGAAACCCAUGGAAAUCCAGAAGCUGCUGCCAUGUGAAGUGACAGCUGAAGCCACAAAAAGGGAAGAACAUGAGGAAGAAGAGGGAGAAGGAAGACAAGAAGAAAAAGAAGAAGAUAAACAGCAACUUAUAUCAGAAGUGCCCCCGGAAGUAGACUUAGGGAAGCCUACCAGUGAAGAAAUGCCAGCCAAGGCUGGCCCAGAAGCACUACUUGAACUGAAAGGCAUUAUUGAAUCUGUGGUGACAGUAGAGGAUGACUUUAUCACAGUGGUGCAGACAACAGUUGAUGAGGGUGAAUCAGCUUCUCACAGCGUGAGGUUUGCUGCUACCCAGGAAGACAUGGAAACAGGCGACUCCCAGGCUGAAGAGGAACUGGAGAUAGAGGAAGUGGCUGACAUUCAUGGUGAGCCCAAGGAGGGCUCCCCAGAAGCUCCUGCUACACCUGAGAGAGAAGAAAUUCUGCUCACUGACUACAAGACAGAGACCUGUGAUGAUUACAAAGAUGAAACAACUAUCGAUGACUCCAUCAUGGACACAGACAGUCUCUGGGCGGAUACUCAAGAUGAUGAUAGGAGCAUCAUGACUGAACAGUUAGAGACUGUUCCUAAAGAGGAGAAGGCAGAGAGAGAAUUGCGAAGAUCAUCUCUUGAUAAGCAUAAAAAAGAGAAACCUUUUAAAACUGGGCGAGGCAGGAUUUCUACUCCUGAAAGGAAAAUAGCUAAAAAGGAACCUAGCACACUCUCCAGAGAUGAAGUGAGAAGGAAAAAAGCAGUGUAUAAGAAAGCUGAACUUGCUAAAAAAACUGAAGUUCAGGCCCACUCUCCCUCCAGGAAAAUCAUUUUAAAACCUGCUAUCAAAUACACUAGACCAACUCAUCUCUCCUGUGUUAAACGGAAGCAGACAGCAGGUGGUGAAACAAACCAGGCUCCUGGUGUAUUUAAACAAGCAAAGGAAAAACUCUCAGAUGGAGUAAGCAAGAGUCCAGAAAAGCGUUCCUCUCUACCAAGACCUUCCUCUAUACUUCCUCCUCGAAGAGGUGUCUCAGGAGACCGAGACCGAGAGGAGAACUCUCUCUCCCUCACAACUUCCCUUUCUUCUUCAGUACGACGCACUACCCGAUCAGAGCCAAUUCGUAGCAGAACGGGAAAAAGUGGAACUUCUACUCCCACCACUCCUGGUUCCACUGCCAUCACUCCAGGCACCCCGCCUAGCUACUCCUCCCGUACCCCAGGCACUCCGGGGACCCCCAGCUAUUCCAGAACCCCACACACUCCUGGUACCCCCAAAUCUGCCAUCCUGGUACCCACUGAGAAAAAAGUUGCCAUCAUUCGCACUCCUCCCAAAUCUCCAGCCACUCCGAAGCAACUACGAGUUAUUAAUCAGCCUCUGCCUGACCUCAAGAAUGUCAGGUCCAAAAUCGGUUCAACAGAUAAUAUCAAAUACCAGCCUAAAGGAGGGCAGGUUAGGAUUUUAAACAAGAAGAUCGAUUUUAGUGAUAUUCAGUCCCGCUGUGGUUCCAGAGAUAACAUCAAACAUUCUGCAGGGGGAGGAAACGUACAAAUUGUAACCAAGAAGAUAGAUUUGAGUCAUGUGACUUCCAAAUGUGGCUCCCUCAAGAACAUCCACCACAAGCCAGGUGGAGGACGUGUGAAAAUUGAAAGUGUGAAACUGGAUUUCAAAGAAAAAGCUCAGGCUAAAGUUGGUUCACUUGAAAAUGCACAUCAUGUUCCUGGCGGUGGUAACGUCAAGAUUGACAGCCAGAAGCUAAACUUCAGAGAGCAUGCUAAAGCCCGUGUCGACCAUGGGGCUGAGAUCAUCACACAGUCACCAGGCAGGUCCAGCGUGGCUUCGCCGCGCAGGCUCAGCAACGUCUCAUCCUCUGGAAGUAUCAACCUGCUUGAAUCGCCCCAGCUUGCUACCCUUGCUGAAGAUGUCACGGCAGCCCUUGCUAAACAGGGCUUAUGAAUUUGCUCCAUUUUACAUUGUAUGAAGUAAUAAUAUUUAGGCAUGAGCUCUUGGCAGGAAUGGGCUCAGAGCAGGUGUUACAUUCAUUCUUUACCAUGUCUAAAACUAAGUCAUAUCCCAAGACUUGUAGUUACCAUACAAUAAAAAAACAGAAAAAAAUUAAUUAAAUAGAUGCAGAAAUUGGCCUGAUCUCCAUUUACAACAGGAAGACACUGGCUUUAUAUGGGUAUAAAAUUGCAGUAUGUUACAUUGGACAAUUAUUGUUGCUCUGCUCUGUCUUGCAUGGAGUACUGUACUAUGAUAAAAUGCAUUUUUACCUUUCAUGUGCCUGAAGGCCAUCCACCUCUUUCUGAAGAGCCUUGUUAAUAUCCCAAGUUGCUCAUUUCACUGUUCUCUUGAUAGAUGAGGAAAUAAAAAAUGAAAAAGUUGCCCAUUGUAAGUUAUUACAGGUUAAAUUAAGAGUGUUCUUACCAGAAGGACGGGCAUAUAGAGAAAUUCAAGUUUAAUUAAAAAAAGUGUUAUUUUAUAUAAAUGAGUAGAACAAAAGCUGAAUUAAGUUAUUAACAUUUUUUGGACCUGGGUAAUUAUGUCAGUGUAUAGCUGAAAAGCCAAUAAAUUAUUUAACUAAUAACUAAAAAUAGUAGUUGAAAAACAUUUGAACCAUGCUUGGGGAAGUGACGUGAAAAAGCUAUCUAAAGGAAGCACUUCCAUCCUAAUGACUUGUGUCUGAUUAGAAUGUUGGUUAAGCGGCUAGAUUUGUGUACGCACUACCGGUUUCACAUCCUUUCCAUCUGUUUGAUACAGUAUUAUAGAUAUAUAUAUUUCUCUGUGGCCAUUUGUGAUACGCCCUCCUCAUAUACUUGAAUAUUCUACUUUAUUCACAGUAUCUGUGUCUCUUGCACCCUUUGGUGUUGCAAUUUUAGGUAUGUAAAAGUAGAUGUUAGCAGGGUUAUUUUCCCUAUUCAUAAAAAUACAUUUAAAGAAGACAAAAACUUUCAGCAUGAAGUUGCUUUCUGUAACAACUAAAAGCCGUUACCCUGUUUUAGUGCCAGAUGCAAGUCUCUUCUGUGAUGCUAGAAAAAAAGAUUCCUUCCCUCCUUCCCUUCCCUCCCUUUCUUCACCAAGAUUGAUUUUUGUGGGAUCCAGAAAUUUUGUAAGAGGGUUUCCAAAGGUGGUUGGGUUUGGAUUCUGGAUUUUUUAAAAAUCCAAAAUAGUUUGGUUUGGGCUUUUUUUUUUGUUUGUUUUUUGUUUUAACUCCUGUAGUAACAGUGAAUGUUAGAUUUAUUUAUUUUUUUUCUUUUGCUAAAGUUGAAAAAAGUAUUACAGUGUUGUUUCCACUCCUUCAGUGAUGUCUUAAAUAAACACUUGGGCACUCGGAUAACAACGAUAAACAUAACAGAGAUGCCUGUAAAUUAUAGUACAUGAAUAAAUAAAAUAAGCUCCUUAGACUAGGUUGCCGUGGUGAUUAAUCUAUAAAUAGGGCAUCUUAAAAACUGAACAAAGUGACUUUAUUGACUAUAAAAAGUAUAAGAAAAAGUGUGCAUAAAAGGUAAAGGGCAGAGAUAUAUAAACAUCAAAUCAAAUGGAGUUACUUGUGAGAACUCCAACACUAUCUUAGGGACACUAAGAGAACACUGAAGGUAAUAUGGUAGUAUUACUCAUCAGCAGGUAGUAAUCUGCUGAUACUAUGUACAGAAGACAUUAUGAAAUGACCAGUUUACAUUCUUGCAGAUUCUUUGAUCUUUUCCUUUUGAAAUCUCUAAACUUUGCACUGUCAGUUGAGCUAUACUUGAUCCAUGUAUUAGGUUAACAUUGUGUGUUGGAAGCUUUUGAUCUGUUCUUUUUACUUCUUAAUUUGUAUGUAUGCGUGUGUGUGUUGGGGUUUGAUCUGAAAAGACACAUAGAGAAGAUUUUUAUGUCUGUGGAGAAGGAUUCUUAGAAUUAAUAGCACAGAAUUCCAUAUAAUCAAAUUCAGGUAGUAAAUGCACAGUUCCUAAGCAGUAGAUUUUCAGUGGACUGAACAGGGAUUUUAGCUAAGCUGUCACAGCAGUAUGAAGACAAAGCAGAAUGGUUAAAACUCCCAAAGAUUUACUGAGAUGAACUCCUAACAGCCCCACGCAUGACAUUUCAGCUUUGAGAAAAGCUUUUUCACACUAUAAGGUUCCUAAUACUGUUUGUAAGUCAGUUGUUUUAUACAAAGGACAGUGAGUUUAGAACCGCGCUAAGUGCAUCUGGAGGAUUCUGAUUUCUGCCUUGUAUUUGUUGUACUCUUCCCUUAGCAUAAUUGCUUAAGAGUUCACAUGGAAACAAUGCCGAGUGACGUGCAUUAAAAGCCCAUUUCCAUUGUUCCAGGAAAACAAAAACAGAAAGGAAAAAUUAACAAAACAAUAUUUUGAUCAUGUUGCUCUGAUCAUACCAUCAACUAACAAAAAUCAGCCUUGCAGUUUUUUUUUUUUUUUUUUAAUGCCUUUUGCCAACAUGGGAGAUAGUCUAUGGUACUACUGAACCUCAGCUUCUCUGAAGCUGGAUGCCAGGUGGUUAAUAGUGUUAACAGAACAGUGUUAACUUGUGACUCAAAUGUUUUUAUUUUGCUUUUAAAAUUGACGUACUCUAGAUGAUGCUUAGUUAAUACACCUACCAAAUCCAAAGUUAGAUUGGUGUAGCACACCAAGUCAUUUAUUUCAUGCAUUAAAAUGAGGUUUCUUGUCCUGAUUCAAGCAAAGCCAGACCUUUGUAAUCGUAAUCAUCCUUCCAUAGAAAGAAUCCUAGAAUGCUGUGGAGUUAGAUGAAAAUAAAAGAAAUCAAGAGUUUUGUGCUGUUAAAUAAAAAACAAGUUAUGUUACAUGACUCUAGAUGUUCACUGAAAAAGCUCAUAUUAAUCUUUACUUCUCAAGAAAUUACAGUUUUGUAAAUAUGUAAUGCCCACUAACAGUAGAGCCAGCUUCCUGGAAACUGCAUCUGUUGUGUUUCUUCUCCGCAGGCAUGUUGAGCCAGCAGGUAUGUUGGGUGUCUGAGGACCAACUUUGUAGCAAUGCAGAGAUAAUCCAGACAGAUGGAACAGUUAACCCUGUUUGGAUAGCUUGGGGAGCGCCUCAAAUUAAUAAUCUGUCAAAUUGUAUAGACAAAAGAAAAGGUGCUUCUGCCCCAUUUGCAGAAUUCUAUGUAACCACAAGCAGAAAAAAAUCAAAGUAGAGCAAACCUUUGUCCAGCAACAGUAAAGGUAAAACUAAUACUGAUGAGGAUAAUUUUGUGCCCACUAGGGCUGUGUAUAUUUUCACUGUGCAGCAGUAAAUGGUAUUAUCCAUUCAAUGCUUUGUUAAGGUACAGUAGUAACCUCAUCACGACUGCUUACAAAUAUAAAUUUGCCUAUAUACACGACCCAAGGGGAGUCGAAAGGCAGCCUGUGUGGAACACCACACGUGAGCAGAAGUUUUGCCCCGCUGGACCAAACACAGUUGGAAAAUCAAGUACAAAAGUCCCUUCACAGGCAAAUGCCUUGAAGAGUAGAUCACUUUUGCUAUAAAACCUGAAGCAGAUAGAAUUCUGGCCUAGGUGCGUGUAGCGUUCACUCACUAGCGCAAUUGCUAAAGCAAUUCCCUCUGCAACGCAAGCAAUUCCCACUGCAGGAAGGUAAAUUAGUUUCACACGUGGAAAAGUCAAGCAUAAAAGCCACUUCAACUUUAGCAAAGAGAAAAAGCCAACAAAUGAACAUGCUGUAUGCUGGGAUUUUGAGGAAUACAGUCUGCUGUUACAAACCUGUGUUUUUUCUGAUAAUUCUAGAGCCUGUUACCAUAAAAGAGGCAUUUCUUGAAUGGCUGGUGGUAGGUAGUUCAUGUUUUUCAAUCCAAUUUGCAAUUGUAUUUGUUGCUGUAUAGUGAUUGUUUUGCAAAAUAAAAUCGCUUGUCAUCUAA